UAAGGUUCCGGGCUGACAUGGCUACGGUCACAUGCGGGACUCUGGAAUAUUUUCCUGAAAACAUUUUAAUUGAUAUUUUAUCUUAUUUGAAUGUGCGAGAGCUCGUGCGCAUGUCCAGGGUGUGCAGGCACUGGAGGCAGCUGGUGAAGGAUCAGAGAUUGUGGCGUGCCGUUGAUUUGUCCACGUGGAAAAGGGUGACGUCUCGAGUGCUUUGGACUUUGCUGCGGCAGUAUCUUGGUCGUGGACUGCGAUAUCUGCGUUUGCGCGGUCUGCUGCUGUCUGCGCGCGGCGGCGCCUUCCUUACCGAGUCCUGGCUGCAGGCGCUGACCUCACGGUGCCCUCGUCUGCGCAGAAUCUGCCUGCUGCACGUAGACCUGCGCGGUUUGCGCGACUGCUCUCUGCUGCCCCCUUCCCUACAGGUGCUGGAACUGCACUUUUGCGAAGUCCCGCCCGGAUUCUUUGACAAUGCAUCGUCUCAAACCCAGAGCGUCGCCAUAGAAACGCUCGUCCUCAGUAACGUGCCGUCGUUCUCCGAUCAGCACCUGCAGAGUCUCGGCUCGUGGACGCACUUGAGUCGCUUGGAGCUGCGCGAUCUGAUCCGUGUGACGGUGGCUGGUCUCAAGGGCUGCGUCCCGCCUGGCGCGCAGGCGCUCACCCGCCUCAGACACCUAGAGUUGGAGACAUGCACCCGGGCACAGAUGGUGGCGCUGGCGCUGGGCGAGGGCUGGCCCGGGCUGCAGGGACUCAGUUUGGGCGGUAAGGAGGUCAGUCCGGGUCUGCUCUGUCUCAGCCGCCUGCCGGAUCUGCGCUCGCUGUGUCUGCGCAGCUGCAGACUGACACAGGUGAUGGUGCUCAGGAGCUGCAGAUGUCUGACGCAGCUGCGCAUGCUGCAGUUCAGCGAGGUGGAGUUUAUAGAGGAGGAGGUGAGACAGGAAGCAGACGGAGAGACAGACGGACAGGAGAGGAGCGAACACGAUCCCGCGCCGAAUCUCAGACGUGCGUUACGCGCGCUGCUCCCCACAUGCGCUGUGUGUUUCACGAACUGCACGCUCACUGUAAAUAAAGACUGAUAUUUUAUACUGUUUCUUAAAAUGAUAAAG